GCAGGUACUUCCCCGAGCGAGCCGGGAACGCGACGUACCCCAGCGCGCCCCGGCACACCAUCGCCCCCCGGAACUGGGGUGUCCACGCCGACCAGCAGACCCCAGGCCCCGGGGCCUACACGGUACCCUCGCUCCUGGGCCCUCGCGUGGUCGGCAAGGUCUCGGCGCCCACCUGCUCCAUCUACGGCCGCCGCGCGCUGGGGAGCGUCUUCGAGGACCUCAGCAAGGCUCGGCGAGCUGCCCCAGUCCACCGCCAAGGCGGGGCGGAAUCGGGCCAAACCUGAGCAGGACGGGUGAGGGUUGCAGUACU